AUGUUUAUGAAUUGUUCUUCGUUAUUAUCAUUGCAUUUACAAUCAACAAAAUUCUUUGCACUACAUAAAAAUUUUUUUCGAUUGAAAUCAUGGGAAGCGGAAUUUCAACAAGCCGUCGAAAAAGUGAAACAAUUAGCGGAAAAACAAGAUGUAUCAACGAAACUGAAACUUUAUGGCCUUUAUAAACAAGCAACAAUUGGUGACAUUGACAGUAAACGACCACUAUUAUUAUCAUCGUCACAAGCAAAAUAUGAUAGUUGGAGAGAACUGAAAGGAAGAUCAAUGGAUGAAGCAAAAAAGAUGUACAUCGAUUUAGUCAAUAAACUAUAUACAAUUGCAACGAAAACUUCAUCUAAAAUAGUUUUUGAUGAUCUAAAAUCUAUACCUGGUCUUGAUAUCAUUAUUGAAGAUAAAAUUUUAUGGAUAAAACUUAACAGACCAAAUAAACACAAUGCGUUAACUUUAGAGAUGUAUGAUGGUAUUACGAAUGCCCUGAAUUAUGCAAAUGAAACUGAUACGAUGGUGACUGCAUUUAUCGGAUCAGGCCAGUAUUUUUGUAGCGGUAACGAUUUAUCAAAUUUCACUGAAGUCACUGGUCUCGAGGACAUACCACGUAUGAUUUCUAAAACAAGUCAAAUACUCAGUUCAUACGUUGCUGCUUAUAUUAACCAUAAAAAAGCCUUAGUCGCACUGAUAAAUGGUCCUGCAAUUGGUAUUGCUGUUACUGUAUUACCUUUAUUUGACUUAGUUCUUGCUUCUGAUAAGGCAAUAUUCAGUACACCGUUCACAAUUUUGGGACAAUCUCCGGAAGGUUGUUCAUCGUAUACAUUCCCAAUGAUAAUGGGACACAGUAAGGCAUCAGAACUUUUAAUUUUUGAUAAAAAAUUAACCGCCCAAGAAGCAUAUGAGCGAAACCUGGUAUGUCAAGUGAUGCCAUCAUUCACCUUUCGAGAAGAGGCAGAAAUUUAUGUGCGAAAGAUAUCCCAAUUGCCACCUGAAUCACUAAUCUGUAACAAAGAAUUACUUCGAAACAUACAUCGUGAGGCACUUCUUGCACAAAACGAACGUGAAGUUUCUCUUCUUAUGCAGCGUUUUCAAAGUGGGGAAUGUAUGAAUGCAAUACAACAAUUUCUGAUGAGAAAAAAAUGA